AUGGGGCAAGCAGGCUCUGUGCAGCAGAAGUGCGCACUUCGCGACGUGCUGGUGCUUUGUCGACCUAAUGUGAGUAACACCGAGCUUGAAGAAGUGUUGCGUACCUUUUGCGCUUUAUUUCCGCUUGAGCUUCAAGUGCCCGUCAACGCGGACUCCAAUUCAAUCACUAAUAUAUUAGACAUCGACAUUAAGGAACGUCGCCUAUUUGACGUCAUUUACAGCCUAUUACAAGACCAGGCGGAGCACCCUCGUGGGCGCAACAUGAUGGAGCUUACUCUCACGACUUUUCAGCGCAUUAUUCACUGGCGAGAGCUCUAUAAAUUGUGCGCAAAAUGCUCCUUGAAGCCUUUCUUUUUUUGUCUUCUUCAGCCUCCAGCUUCGCUCACUUUGGCAGUAUUGGAGACGCUGCAAAUCAUGUUGUCACCAUGUCCAGGCUUUGAAACUGGCGACAAAGCUGCAAAUCGAAGCGAAACAGCUAAUAGGAAACACUUCGGUGAUUCAGGAGGAUUUGACAUUUUGCGCUCACUCUUGGUGCAUCAUGGAGCUGCUAUAGUGAAGGACAAGCAGGAGGAGUACAGACUACAGGUGCUUGCAGGAGUGUUGAGCCUUUUUUACUUGACGCUUGUAGAAAGACGGCAUGUUACUGAUGGAGGGACGAGUAUGCAAGCUGUAGAUGCUUUGAUGAACGCUCAAGUGUCGCUUUUAGACUUGUGUCACUGUAGAGGGGGCGAGAUCAAAGUCAUGUGUCUGGCAAUUGCGUUAGUAAAGGAACUCUUCUUUCGUUUGGACCCCGACAAAGUACAUGAAUUGCAAGACUCAGCGAGAAAACAUGGCGCGCUGUUAUAUGCCCUCGACCACGCUGUGCAAGAGGAUUCAAAACAGAUCGAAGACAUGCGUGACUUGACUGCAGAUCUGGUCGAGGCCUUUUGCAUCGGCAACGUGCUUUCUCAUAUGACCAUGUACCGCAUUUUUCCGGUUGAAAUGUUCAUCAAUCGACAAAAAGCAUUAAAUCGCGAAAAAAAAUAUGGGAAAGCAUUGCACACGUCUACGGGACAUACGCCAGCUGCAGGUUCUGGCUCACUAAACUUGCAGCCCUCGUCUUAUAACGUCGAGCGACGUCGACAUUCAUCGAUCGCGACAUCAACCGUGUCCGUGAGCUAUGAAAAUGCCGAGCAUAAACGAAACUACGCGGUAUUAUUGGCUGACACAGCUGCGAAUUCAAAUGCUGACAUGGUAACAGAGGCUCAUGGCGAUGCACGUGUACAAUGGCGAGACAUUAUCUUAGCUCUUCGAGAUACCCAUGAAGGUCCAGAGCUUGUUUGGCGUGCUUCUAUGCGUGCAGAACUUUGUUACGGUUUGCAAGCGGAAAUUAACACACUCGAAGGUCAACGAAAGAAAUUGGCAGACGAAGAUUAUGGAGCGCAUGAGGUUAAAAUACCGUGUUGGAAUUACGAAGUGUUCCAUUUGGAGUAUGCUUCGAUGCUCGACGAGCUAGUUGUAAAUGGUUAUUUCGUCAAAUAUCUCAUUCCUGAAUUAGCCGAUUCAUCAGCAGCAUAUGAGAUUGUAAAACCCGAUGUUUUCGCUUGGCAUCUCGUGGAUCAGCUAGCAGUUCAAAAAAAUAAACAGUGGCUUUGCCUGUGUAUUCGGUGUCUUCGACUUGUCAUAAAGCGCUAUGUCCCACUAUUUCAUGGUCAUAUACCGACACAAUACGUGCAAUUAUUGCUCAAAGAUCACAUACAUCAUUCGCCUACUUUUGUGCGCGAGUGUUUUCUUUACUUGUAUACUGUUAUCACCACGGCACAAGAUGCACCAUCAAAAUCAUUUUACGAACUGUGUACGAAUGUGACACGAUCAAUCUUGAGUGUUCUUGGGGACCCUGCUUUAGUUGCAAGAUUUGGAGAAAUUCUUGAGAUAAAGAAUGAAGCUGACCGCGAUAACUCCGUGUAUCGUGAGGAAUUGGAGGAUAAAGCCGUCUUUGUUGUAAACGAGCGCGAUGCACUAAUACGGGCUGGUGUUUCAUUAUUACUUGCUAUUGCUCGCCGUGGAAAGUUUGUCUUACGUCUAGUUAUACCCAAACGCAUGUUUUUGUGUCGACUAUUUGCAGUGGAGACACUGGAUCAUGUGACGAUAACCCGGCUUCUAUGUUUGCUCGAGCAGUUGGCUUUUUUGGAUGGCAAUAGUGCUUGUAGCUGCUUACUGAAACCUCGUGAAAUGCCAAGUCGUCUAUCAUUCGCUUCGUUACCGACACAAUCGAGUUUAAAUAGUAAUUGGAGAUCACUUUCUUCAGUCUUUCUGCUACUGGCUAGCUGUGAUCCGAAGGGUAUGGGAAUGUGUGUAGCUGCCGCUGAAUUUCUUCAAAAAUGUUGCGCCAUCUACUCAAGUUCAAGUGGCGGUAGCGAUACGAAUAAAUCUCUCCAGGCUUUAUAUUUGAACGACUUGCUGAAUGAAGCAAAUGGAUGUGGUGGUUGUGGCAUUGAAAGACUCUUGAUUUCUACUAGUGCUGAAGCGUUUGCAGAUAUAUUCAAUGCCCAUGAAACACGAGCAGCAGACGUGAAGUGGGGACAAAAACAGCGUAUGCGCUUGCAUCGAUUCUUGAAACUCAAUUACCUGGAGUUAAGCGAAGUGUCCGAGGCAAACGUGUCAAGUUGUAACGUAGCUGACGAAAUAGUUCACCAAAAAUAUGAAGAUAACGACCCGUUGGUCAAACACAUCUUUUUACGCUCUUACAUUGAAGGCGGUGGGAAAUUUUUGAGUAAAUGGACACCGGAAAUGUACAAUGAAUCAAUUUCUGCGCUUCUAGAAGAAUUGAUUCAGCUGGGGCGUAUAAAUUCUGCUUACACUACUGAAGUUGGUAGUACAGGUCUGAGCGCAUUGCCGAUACAGCAGCAAUCGCUGACUUUUUCGUUACAGAACGGCAAUUUAGCUGCUGCGGAAUCGUGGGAAAUACAAGUCCUGAUUUUAAAAGCCUUAGUGCGACUAGUUCCGUCGCAUGGUGCCGAUGUCAAAAUAUCGACCGAGGUUUAUGAGUCUUUAUUGGCUCCUUUACGCCGCUCAAUGUUAAGCGAUUUGGAUCAAACGCGUGGAAUCUGGUCCUUGGAACUGCUCAUGGCUAUCCUCUCCAUGUCCGAAACGCGCAGUGUAAACACAGCUGCGUGUCGAAGAUUUUUGGAGAAAAAAGGCUUGAUGGUGUUAGCUGGUGCGCUAAAACGUAUGCGCACUCCUGCUUUUCAGCACAUGCUACAGAAUGAUAAGGCAAACAGACCGCGACAGGAGAAUAAUCCGAGCCAGACAAAUAUGGCGCGCGUACUAUUGUAUCGCGCUACAGAUGUGCUGUCGAUCCUGGCAAGUAAAAAAGCUGCAGGGAUACAUGCGAUUGUGAAGAAUCCAGACGUAGUUAUCGCUUUAAUCGAGCUUACAUCACGUCAGUGUAUCAUGCAAGACGUGGACGUCGAUGCUGCGAGUGUUUGCUUGAGCUGUGUUUGUAAACUUUGCCACUACGAUGAGCUUCGUACAGUUGUGUUAAAUGCUGGCGGCCUAUUGUCGCUGGUAGACACGGUUGCAUUUUGUCCGGCCGAUGAGCAUUAUGAUGCUGCGACUGCAGAAUCCCGAAACUUGGACGAAAGCAGUGAAGCAGACUCAUCAGACAAUAUUGAUGGUCGUCAAGUGAGUGCAAAUAAUAAGAUGACAACAGAGAGUAACAUUGACAACUUCGAAUGGGCACCCGAUAAGAUAGUACGUAGAAGUGUCGAGUAUCAACGGAUUCCGUCACGAUUCUUUAGUACAAUACGAUGUGCUGCACUAGUUUUGCGUGCGUUUCUGGAACCAGCGAAUACACCAACGUCAUCACUUUCGUGUCAAGUGCUGAAUCAGCUGCUGACUCCGAGCUUCGUUCGGGUGCUGCGGAUAUCCCCUGAUGAGUUCGUCCUUAAACUGCAGACUACAAAGGAUAUUAGCACUGCCACACUUAUUUGGACAGUCAGUAUGAGGCAGCGACUCUAUCAGUGUAUUGCGACUGAGCUUGCAAAAGUGAAAGCGGCAGCAAUUGCAAAUAUUUGGCCCCGCUGGGAUCCCCAGCAUUUUGUAGCCGCUGAUUCUUUUCGAUAUCAGUAUCCGGAGCUAACUGAUGUGCUUGUCGUGCACGACGUCUAUCUUGCAAACUUUGUAGCUUUGAAUGCUGAAGAAUUAGAGCUGAGCGAUAUCGAUAUGGCCGCUUUUUCACAGGCGUUGCUCAUUUCGAUUCAAAGUCAUGAAAACGUGCUUCAAAUUUUAAAUAAGCGAGGUUCGAGCGAUCCCACCAAAAAUGCAGCUGUCCGAUUAAUGCGCCAGGCACUAGACAAGCUCGUGCAGAAACAUCCACAGCAUAAUCUUGAAGUUAAAUCUAGUCGUGACGUUCUGCUUGCAGAUGGCACACGAGCCAUAUCUCCCGUAUACUCUUCUCCAAAUGCACUGGCAGCGACAGGAUACUACUCCUCGCCGACAGAUGACCGCGAUUGGAAUAUCACGCAAAUUCAGCGCUGCAGCUCGUCAGGAAUUGAAGAUCUGACCGUUUAA